AUGAUUGCUCCGACGCUCCUAGUCUUCGUAGCCACGGCUUCGGCCCAGGCUCUAAACAGCAUGACUAUGCUGAGGUUCGGUUGCUCGCAGAUCGUUAUUGACCGCCUCGACCCUCUCGUCAAUCCUGGCGUCCACGGAUCUCCCCAUGUGCACCAGAUUGUGGGCGGAGACGGCUUCAACACCACCAUGACCACGGGUGACGUUUCGCAGACGGCAAAAUGCACCACGUGUGCCUUCAGCGAGGACUUUUCCAACUACUGGACGGCGAACCUCUACUUCAAAGCCAGGAACGGGACUUAUAAGCGUGUCCCCCAGGGUGGUGCCGCCUUCCAAUUCAAUGACAGGUUCAGCACCCAAACUCAGGGUGGCAUCCUGGUCUACUACGCGUCGGCACAGCCAGGAAAGAUCACGGCCUUCAAGCCCGGUUUCCGCAUGCUGGUCGGCGACCCCAUGCAGCGCUCUCGCAGCGACACGACACUCAAGCGGCAGAACUGUUACCGCUGCUACACGGGUCCCAAUUUCGGCGGGGACAUCGCGGCCCCGUGCCAGGACGACCGGGUCGACAGCGAGAGGUUCCCCAGCAAGCCUUGCCCGGGCGGGAUCCGAUCCAACAUUCACUUUCCGACCUGCUGGGAUGGCAAGAACCUCGACUCCCCCAACCACCGCGACCACGUGGCGUACCCAGUCACGGGCCCGGCCAACUUCCUGACCCUGGGCGGCGCCUGCCCGGCGACCCACCCGAUUCGGAUCCCGCAGCUCAUGUACGAGGUGGUCUGGGACACGACGCAGUUCAACGACCGGUCCGAGUGGCCGGCCGACGGGACGUUGCAGCCCUUUGUGCUGAGCACAGGCGACGACACGGGCCUCGGCCAACACGGCGACUACGUCUUUGGCUGGGAGGGCGAUUCGCUGCAGCGAGCCAUGGACCGGGCCGGGUGCUACGGCGCCCAGUGCGGGUCCCUCAAGACGCAGGCCAUCGACGUCGCCAGCAAGUGUGAGAUACCGCCCAAGGUCAAAGAGGAUUACGAUGGAUGGCUUUCGGAACUUCCUGGAACGGGCAUGUAG